CGCAAAGCACAACAAAUACCUGAGAUUCGCUGUGGCAAAAUGUUGAAAACUCUGAGCAAAACGGAUGCACUGCCGCAGAGUCUGCUCUGGGAGGAUAAGGAGGUCAAAUUUGAUACCCCACAACUACAAACGCGUCUUCGCAGCGGCGAGAAAAUAUUGGAUACGAUUUACCAUAUAGAGGACAGCAAGGGCAAUCCUGGCGAUACGGGCCGACUGCUGGUGACCAAUCUGCGCAUCAUUUGGCACUCGCUGGUCCACAAGAAGUUCAAUUUGUCCAUAGGCUAUGCUCGCAUAGGCACCACCAACACGCGCCUGGUGCACAUGCACACCAAGGGCCGCAUACCCAGCCAGGCGCUGUACAUUCUGGCCAUAAGGAACGAGACGCGAUUUGAGUUUUUGUUCACGGACGUCUCCGGCGAGACGGCGCGUAGGGAUCAGCCGAUCUUUGCCAGCGUUUUCGAUGUGCAUCACUUGUAUCAGCGCACGUUCCUCUACAGGGAUCUAAAGCUGCGCGGCGCCAUUGUUCAGGCCGGUCAGCUGAUUAUAAUGCCGGAUGAGCAGGUGUACAGCCAGGUGCAGGGCGUCUGGAAUUUGUCCAGCGACCAGGGCAAUCUGGGCAGCUUUGUGGUGACCAAUAUCCGACUGGUCUGGUUUGCGGAUGCAAAUGAGACCUUUAAUCUAAGCCUGCCCUAUCUGCAGAUCGAGGCCCUGCGCAUACGCGAGUCCAAGUAUGGCCCGGCGCUGGUCAUCCAAACGGCUGAGACGGCCGGCGGCUAUGUGUUGGGCUUUCGCAUCGAUCCGGUCGAGCGUUUGAAUGGGCUCUUCAAGGAGCUGGGCUCCCUGCACACCAUCUAUACGGAGCAGCCGAACUUUGGCGUUCACUACGAUCCGCUGGACGCGCGCAAGCGCCAGGCUGCCGCCGCCGAGGAAGCUGCCCAGGCGACACAAUUCAAAAUCGAGGAAUAUCAGGAGCUGGACGAGCGUCAGGAGCGCGAAAUAAAUACCAAGCUGAACAGCUAUCUCGCCGCGGGCUCCCUGGCCGGCACGGAGCAUGUGACGACGGAGCCCAUCUAUUGCAAGGAGCUGGGCUUUGCCAUGGAACGCAUACCCGAGGGCUACAAGCUGCAGGAUUUGUGGAAUGUGAUGCCCACAAAGAUGGCAACGCUCGACGAGUGAGAUUCGGAAUAAACCAGUUUUAAAGCUGGAAUUUCCAAAUUCAUUUACAAGUUUCAGACUAUGUUUAGGACAUUUAUUCUUGAUUAACUCAGGGGCUUAAAGUCGGAUCCUUAUGAACAGACUCUGCCUUUAAAAAUGUGUUGUUUUUUUUUUUACAAUUUCAGGGCGAGGUAUACACAACGUGAAACAUUUAUAAAUUUGCGUUUAGUCUAUGAGAGAGCACACAACAAGUUUGAUGUGUUUAGCUCUUAUAAUCUUCGAGCUUUGCUUAAAAAACCAUGUCUUAUAAACGAUAUUUAUCGAUCAUUUCAAAAUCGAAAAGUAUAUCGAAAAAGUUAUAACUCUCACUGAUGUUCUUGAAUAUAUGUAAUGAAUUUCAAGUCAAUAGCAUUUGAGCUUUCAGAGUCGGCUCGCUAACCUGAUCAGGAAUAUAUAUAUACUUUAUGGGCUUGGAGCUGCUUCUCUCCGCCUGUUACACGCAUUUAAACAAAACCCUUUAAGCUCAGGCCACAAGAAUACAUAUUAGAUUGAGUUUAAACUAAACUUCUCAGUUUUCUCGAUUUUCAAAAUAGAAAUAUCCACCUACUUUAUAUACAUUUAUAAUUUUAGAUGGUUUUUAUUGACGCAUACAACUCGCUGUGUGUUUUAAGUAGUUUAGCUCUAGUAUGUGCGUUGUUCUUUAUCGUAUUAUCCAUAGACCGAUAUUUUGUAGUUUUUUUUUUUCUUUCUUUGGAAUCAAUCAAAAC